ACAUCUGCAAUGCGAGGAAAAUUAAAAUCAUCUGCUCCUUGCAUAUGUGCACGUGGGAAAUAGAGUCGCUUUCGAAAUUAAAGUGCUUCCGUAAAAUUUGAAAUGACAACAGACUCGUAAUGGAGAAGAAGGCGAAACACUUCGUUCGUUUGCUUGCGAGAGAGCUUUAUGAAAAUGAACAAACGAGAGUUACUGGACCUGUCAACAUUGCUGCAGUCAAACAUGCAUUCAGAAAUGCACUGAACGACUUGCCCAAGAGUGCUUUGAAGACUGAGCUGCAAAGGAAUGCAGCAACUUAUUCCAGAAGGCUUGAAGCGUUGACCAAAAGUGCCAGAGAUGACAGCAGUAAAAGCAGUAGGAAAGGCACAAAUAUAGAAGAAAAUGAGCCCAAGAAACAGCAAGAAAGCAACAAUGCAAACACAGACGAUCUGAGAUCAUCAGAAACAAAAGAAAAGGAAGCAUGUUGCCAGUCCAAGAAAACCAGCGAUCAGAAAGGCCUUACAAAGUCCACCUCAGAAGCAGUUUUCUCGAGUUUUACUCAUACCGAGGACAGAGGCAAUGAAGAAAGGAUUAAUGAUACAGUUGCCAUGGCAACACCCUCUGAAGACAAGACUGAGGUGGCGGAUCUUGAGCAGGGGGAAGCAUCAGACAGUGGGAGUUGGUCAUUUGCAUAUAACGUUUAUGCCACAGAUGCAAGAAGCAGAGUUAUUGAGUCACUUGCCAAACUUCACUCAGAGAAGAGACAGAGGCUAGCACCCCAUGCGUAUGCCUCCCUUUGUAGUACCAACAGUUAUUUUGAGUUCCUGCAGAUUCCGGCUAUGUAA